AUGGCAAUUAAUAUGCAGCAUGAUGUUAAUGAAGAAAAAAUGGUUAUAAUUUAUGAAGAAAUAAUUUGUGCGAUAGAUAUUCAUCGCAAAGCUACAGAGUUUUCUCGAGACUUUAUAAAGAGUUAUGAAGGAUAUUUCUUCUGUUUAAUGGUGGCUAUUAUUGUUUGCUUAAGCAGCUCUCUUGUUCAAAUCAUAUCAUGUAAUAGCAUAGAGCAA